AUUUCGUAUUAAUAUAUAAAAAUAAAAUUUUCGAAUUGUUAUAUAUCACUUAUGUUACGUACUGUUCAAAGAAAAUACAUUAAUCAGCAUUGUUUUUUCUUGUUUAUCUCUUUAAAAGUCUUUAAGUUUAAUUAAAUUCACAAAAAAAAAAAAAAAAAAAAAGAAAAGAAAAAAUCGUACGAUUGGUGAUUAUUUUCUAUUUGGAAAUUAGUCGAACGUAUUUUGAAGGUCAAAUAAAUAUGUAACUAGUAGGACUGCCUUCAAGUAUAACGUUAUAAUGUAUUACAGUUCUUAAUCUAACCUAUAAAAACAAAAAAAGGAAGGUUUCAAAGUUGAACAUUGGAUAAGCUUAUUUAAUUUGAAAGAUAAUUUUUAAAUAAUAUUAAAAGAAAUAACAUGUCGGACGAAAAAUCUACAACGCAAGAAUUUAAAUUGGAUCCCGACUGUGAACUACGUUUCGAAGUAGAAAGUAAAAAUGAGAAAGUUACAUUAGAGUUAAAAAAUGGAUUAGGUGAAGUAUUUGGGACAGAAUUAGUGAAAGGUAAAAAGUAUGAAUUUAGUGCCGGAGCCAAAGUAGCGGUCUUUACCUGGCAAGGAUGUACCGUUGAACUAGUUGGAAAAACGGAUGUCACCUACGUAGCCAAAGAAACGCCAAUGGGUUUAUAUCUAAACUGUCAUGCAGCUAUGGAAAGAAUGCGAGAGGCAGCAGAAAAAGGAGAUAGAAGAGGUCCCAUAACUAUGGUUGUAGGACCCUGUGAUGUAGGAAAAUCAACUCUUUGUAGACUUUUAUUAAAUUAUGCAGUUAGAAUGGGAAGAAGGCCAAUCUUUGUUGAUCUGGACGUUGGACAAGGUGAUAUAGCUAUACCUGGUACUGUAGGUGCUUUAUUGGUAGAGAGACCAUCUAAUGUAAUAGAAGAUUUUAGCCAACAAGCACCACUCGUUUUCCAUUUUGGACAUAAGACCCCGUCAGCUAACGUUGCUCUGUACAAUCUUCUUGUAACUCGUUUGGCAGAAGUUUGUUCUGACCGACUUCAGGCAAACAAAAAGGCAAGAGUUUCAGGAAUUGUAAUAAAUACUUGCGGUUGGGUAAAAGGAGAUGGAUAUAAAUUGCUGACACAUGCUGCACAAGCAUUCGAAGUUGAUGCUAUUUUAGUGUUAGAUCAAGAAAGACUUUACAAUGAACUUGUUAGGGAUAUGCCAGAUUUUGUAAAAGUCGUUUUUCUACCAAAAAGUGGUGGUGUAGUUGAAAGAAGUCAGGCGCAAAGAACUGAAGCUAGGGAUCAAGGAGUACGUGCAUAUUUUUAUGGAUCAAGAACACCUUUGUACCCUCAUAGCUUUGAAGUAAAAUGGAAUGAAGCAAGAUUAUAUAAAAUAGGAGCACCUGUUUUACCUGCAUCUUGUAUGCCAUUAGGAAUGAAAGCUGAAGAUAAUUUAACAAAACUAGUUGCUGUCACGCCAGGUCCUAAUUUAUUACAUCAUCUAUUAUCCGUAUCUUUUGCGGAUUCUCCUGAAGAUGAUGUUGUACAAACUAAUGUUGCUGGAUUCGUUUGUGUCACUAAUGUCGACGUAGACAGACAAACUUUUACUGUACUUAGUCCCCAACCAAGACCACUGCCAAAUACCGUUCUAUUACUUUCAGAUAUACAAUUUAUGGAUAGCCAUUGAUUUCUAUUAUUUUUAUUAUAAGAUUGUAUGAACAACAUUAAGUAAAUUGUAAUUUGAUAGACUGAUCUUAUAUUAAGAUUUAUAACUUUUUGUUUUUUUACUGUACAAAUAAUAUAAUGUAUCUGUUAUUUUUAA